UCGGCUUCCUCUCUCAGUCCGAUGAAGAUGAGGCGUCUGCAGGUCGUCGUCUUCCUCCUCGCUCUCAGCGGUUUCCGGGUCGCCUCCCUGCCCGCCGUCCUGGUGGGACUCGGGGAGGAUGCCACGCUGCACUGCCCCCUGCUGGACGGCUCCAACGGAACCGGCGACUCGGCAGACCCGGCCACCCUAAGCUGGUACCGGAAGGCGACGGGCCGCGGGCCGACGCUGCUGCUGAGCCUCAGCCCCGCUAACGGCUCCGCUGUCCGGUACGGCGACGGCGUCAACCCACAGAAAGUGACCGCCGCCGCUAACGGGUCGCUGGUGCUGCGCAGGUCCGAACGGAGCGACUCGGCUGUUUAUUACUGCGGCGUCAGUCAUGGUUCCGAGCAGAACAAGAACCCGACGCCGUAGAACCGCAGAGAGAACCAAAACUCUGGGCUCAUCGGUUCUGGCACGGAUGAUUGGAGUCCAGGAGCAACACGUUUCCAUGGCGACCAGACGACUAUAUUAACAUUAACCAGACAUGCUAACAUUAACCAGACAUGCUAACAUUAACCAGACAUGCUAACAUUAACCAAACAUUAACCAGACAUGCUAACAUUAACCAAACAUUAACCAGACAUGCUAACAUUAAUCAGACAUGCUAACAUUAACCAAACAUUAACCAGACAUGCUAACAUUAAUCAGACAUGCUAACAUUAACCAGACAUGCUAACAUUAACCAGACAUUAACCAGACAUGCUAACAUUAAUCAGACAUGCUAACAUUAACCAGACAUGCUAACAUUAACCAGACAUGCUAACAUUAACCAAAAAUGCUAACAUUAACCAGACAUGCUAACAUUAACCAAACAUGCUAACAUUAACCAGACAUUAACUAGACAUGCUAACAUUAAUCAGACAUGCUAACAUUAACCAGACAUUAACCAGACAUGCUAACAUUAAUCAGACAUGCUAACAUUAACCAGACAUGCUAACAUUAACCAGACAUGCUAACAUUAACCAAACAUUAACCAGACAUGCUAACAUUAACCAAACAUUAACCAGACAUGCUAACAUUAACCAAACAUGCUAACAUUAACCAAACAUUAACCAGACAUGCUAACAUUAACCAAACAUUAACCAGACAUGCUAACAUUAACCAAACAUUAAUCAGACAUGCUAACAUUAAUCAGACAUAAUAACAUUAACCAGACAUGCUAACAUUAGCCAGACAUGCUAACAUUAAUCAGACAUGCUAACAUUAACCAGACAUGCUAACAUUAACUAGACAUGCUAACAUUAGCCAAACAUGCUAACAUUAACCAGAAAUGUUUUUUUAUGGGUGAAGGAUGUUUUUUUUUUCUCACUGCUUGUUUUACUUUACAAAAUUAUGGGAUGUAUUUGGUGGAGGAAGCCUCCUGUUUGAUAAAUUUAUUCCUGAAUCUUGAAAUAAAAAUCACUUCACUGUUUAUGACCCUGAUUCAUAACAAAUGUUAAUAAUAAAUGUAUUUACACA